AUGAGUAGCCGACUAUAUGACCAAAUUAACAGGAUUGAUUGGGAGAUAGGUGAAGUACAUAUUGUGAAAAAGUCAGAUCGCAUUCAAUUUUAUCGACCAGAGCUUUUUCAUCAAGCAUGCACAUUUCAAAUCCCAGUUCCAAUUUUUAUUACUGAUUUGCAUCAUGCAACAGACUUGUUCCGGAUAUACGACCAUCUAUCCGAGUUUAUGGAUGAUAUUAUCAUGAUUCAGAACUGGCCAAUAGGGCAAUUUAUGCUUGGUGGAAGAGUUGUUGGUGUGCAGUAUAAUGCAAAACGUGAACUUGUGAAAUUAAAUAUUGAUGACAAUUCCGGUGCCCAGUCGAUAGUUGUAGUCGAAAUGGAUAUUGCAAAAUUUAACCAAAGUGGUAUGAAAUUGGAAAAGAAGAACUAUGGCUUAUUUGUGGAGAUAAAAUGCCGAAUUAGAAAAGGUAAGGUUUUAGUAGUGGAGGAGCUAACAGUAUGCGGAUGGAGUGAGUUUGAGAUGGCAGCAGAAUUAAGAUGGUGGACAAGAGUUAUUGAAUAUAGGGAAAAGGUAUUGAAAAACCCUUGGGUAUUUAAGCCGGAGCAUAGGUUAAACAUUUCCUCAUCAAGUCUACAACAGCAACGAGAACAAAAUCAGCAUCUUUUUACAAAGGAGCCUUUAGUAUACGUUUUCAGCCAACGAGAAAUGACUCGAAGGGAAAUGAAAAAGAAUUUGCAUAUUGGAGUGGACAAUAGUGAUAGUCAAACGGAACAAUCUCAAGAAGUAAUUGUGGUUGAGGAUAGCAUUGAAGUGAAUAAGAGUAGAUUUGAGAAGGAGGAAAAUGGAAAAGUUGGAAAAGUUGGAGACAAAAAAGGCAACUACACUGACAAUGAGGCAAACAAUGGCAGUGGUUUAGAUGUUGGUAAUAGAGAUUCUAAUAUUAGUGAAGGUGAAUCUUUACAUGAUCUAUAUUCCAAAGAAAGUGGUUUCUUCAAAUCAAAGCCUAGCUUUCAUGUUCCAAAUGCAAUCUUGAAGAAGCAAAAAAAAGAACCCGUAGUGAUUGAUCUCACGAAACCGCCUACAGCGGAUAAGUACCAAGAGCCACUAGUGCAAGUUACUGAUUCCAGAAGAACAACAACAACAACAACAACAACAAACGCAGUAACAUCUCAUAAAGUACAACUGCAAAUGCAAGUACCUUCGUCACAAAAAGUGGAGGAACAGGAGAUAGAGUCACUUCGGAAGUUUCAAGAACAAACUUGUUACAACAAAGAAAGGUUUGUUCAACUAGUCAAGGAGUGCUUGGUGGUAAUGAUUAAGCUGAACUUUCAAUCGAUCCUGCUUAAGCAAUUAUGUCAAAACAAAUACGUCUCUUUGCAAAUUAAAGACUUUGCCGAGGAGCUUAAAGAGUCGGGUACAACUCCUCAAAACACAACCACAAGUGAACUUUCUCAGCUGGUGGUUCAUCGUCUACGUCUCUACUUCCGUCAAUCAACAUUUAUUGACAUCAAAACUGCCAAUUAUAGCAGUAAUAACAGUUAUAACAACAGCAAAAACAAUAAUAAUAUUAAUAACAACAGCGACUUAGAUGGCGAUGAUGACAUUCUUGAAAUGUCAGCUUUUAAAUUGAUCUACAAUAGUUUGCUACGAGCAUUCAAAUAUUUCAACGAAUUUAAUGUCAUCAAAUAUAUCGAAUACGUUAAAGCGAAAGAGUAUGUUACAGACAUUGAUCAAAAAACAAUCAACUUCUUGAUCAAAUAUCACUUAUUGAUUACUAAAGACAGGAGCUGGAAGUAUCAAAAGGACAACUGUAUAUGGGUGAAAGUGAAGCAUGUACCACCAUAA